AUGUCUGCUGCUGCCCGUCGGGCCAAGCUCGAACAGCUUGUCGCUCUCCGCAAGUCCGGAAAGAAGAGCGGUUCGACCUGGCAGCCCGAGGAACAGGACGACAUCUACGAAGAAGUCGACGACGAGGGCUACAAGAAGAUCAUCCGAGAUCGUCUCGACCAGGAUGACUUUGUUGUCGAUGACAAUGGAGCCGGCUACGCGGACGACGGCCGGGAAGUAUGGAACGAAAACACCGUGGAGUACGACAGCGACGAGAGCGACGAAUUGCCCGCUCGAGGCAAAAAUGCCAAACGGAAACGCGCGGAGGAGGAACAGCGGAAGGAGAAGAUGAACAACGGUAUUACCAACUACUUCAACAAAGGCCAUGGCGCUGCAGCCGCUCCUAAGCCCAAGCCCGUUGCCAACGCCGAUGACAAGGCGUUCUUGGCCGGCCUACUCGAUGAAGUUGACACCAAUGUCGUAUCGAACCACGCCCCGACACGAAACAUUGUCAAGUCGGAGGCGCGACGCAAAGUCCGAGUUCUCUCCCCACCCUUGUCCGAAAGGCGGCGCCGGGAGAAAAUCACGCCAAAGGAAAACGAAAUGCCUAGCUCUCCCAUCAAGGACCAACCCACGCUUCCCUCGGAAGACUUCGACGACGGCCCGCUGCCCAUGAUGGACGAUGAAGAUGUUCCUAUGAGCGACAACCCCAUGCCCUCGUCACCAAUCAGCAAGGCAGCGGAACGCAAAAGUGCUAUGAAGAUCAAGGCCGAAGAAUCUGAGGAGGAAGACACCGACCUGAUGGAUGUUGCGGAAGCCACGGUUUCUGAGUCCAAGGCCGCGAAUGUUAACAUGACGGGGAGUCGGCCACCUCCAAAACUCAAGAAGGAGACUCUUCCGACGCCAGCAAGCUCUUCCCCGGUCAAAGCAUUGCCGGAGGUCAUGGAUGCUUCCUGGAACGAUGUCAGGAGCAAGUUGAACGUUCUCAGCAGCCCGACCAAGGAAAUGCAUAGCUUUGGCAAACUGCGCGCUCAGGAUGUCGUCGAAGAAGAUGGCAGCCUACGUAUGUUUUGGCUGGAUUAUACCGAGGUCAACGGAAGCCUGUGUCUGUUUGGAAAGGUGAAGAACAAGCAGAACGGCUCCUACGCUAGUGCUUUCGUCAAAGUCGACAAUAUUCUGCGAAAGCUGUAUUUCCUUCCUCGGGAGCAUCGGUACAAGCAUGGAAGACAGACCGAUGAUGAGGUUGACAUGCAAGACGUCUACCAGGAGGUUGACGAGAUGAUGACGAAGAUGCGAGUUGGCAUGCACAAGAUCAAGCCCUGUACGCGCAAAUACGCCUUUGAGAUGCCCGGCGUCCCCAAGGAAGCGGAAUACCUCAAGAUGUUAUAUCCCUACGACAAGCCUGCGCUGCCCAUGGACGUUAAGGGCGAGACGUUCUCGAAUGUCUUUGGCACCAACACCUCUCUGUUUGAGCAGUUUGUUCUCUGGAAGAACAUCAUGGGCCCCUGCUGGCUCAGAAUCGACGAGGCCGACUUCUCGGCGGUCAAUAAUGCAUCCUGGUGCAAGUUCGAGUGCCAGGCGGCCAAGCCAGCGCUCAUCAGCCCGGCUCCCGACACUGAGAACCUGGACGCUCCACCCUUGACCCUCAUGAGUCUUUCCUUCCGAACUCAACUCAACGUCAAGGAUAACAAGCAGGAGAUCUUGGUGGCGAGUGCCAGAGUGUACGAGAAUGUUUCUUUGACUGACACUACUCCUCCCGAGAAACUGCCUUGCAAGACCUUCACUGUCAUGCGUCCCUCGGGCGCAUCUUACCCGAUGCAUUUUGAAGCUGAGACGCGGAAGCAGCGAGGCACUUUCAUGUUGGAAAAGAGCGAACAAUUCCUGCUCAGCAAAUUCUUGGCGUUGUUCGAGAGAAUGGACCCUGAUGUUAUCAUGGGUCACCAGCUGCAGGAUGUCGAUCUCAGUAUUCUUCUGAACCGGAUGCGCGAGAAGAAGACCCCUGGAUGGCAUCGUAUCGGUCGACUCAAGCGAGGAGAUUGGCCCAAAAACUUCAAUAGGGGUGGUGGUUUCUUUGCGGAGAGGCAGCUGAUUGCCGGGCGACUGCUCUGUGAUGUCGGCAACGAUAUGGGCAAGUCCCUCAUGAUGAAAUGUCAAUCGUGGAGUCUGACAGAGAUGUGUCAACUUUAUCUCGGCGAGGGCAACGCGCGUCAGGAGUUGGACGUCGAAGCCGCAUUGAAGUCGUGGGCAACCACCAAGGAGGGUCUUAUGAAUUUCGUCAACCACUGCGAUACAGACACAUACUUCAUUGCUGCCCUGGUUCUCCGCCUGCAAAUGUUGCCUCUCACGAAGGUCCUCACUAACAUUGCCGGAAACUCCUGGGCACGCACACUCAGCGGCACUCGCGCCGAGCGUAACGAGUACAUUCUGUUGCACGAGUUCCAUCGGAAUAAGUAUAUCUGUCCGGACAAAUACUCCUCUCGCCUGCAGAAGCAAGAGGAGAAGAUGUUGGAAGGCGAUGACGACGAAUCGGUCGACAAGAAGAAGAAAGACAAGUACAAAGGUGGUCUCGUCUUCGAGCCAGAGAAAGGUCUUUACGACCGCUUCAUCCUGGUCAUGGAUUUCAACAGUUUGUAUCCCAGCAUCAUCCAGGAGUUUAAUAUCUGCUUUACGACUGUGGAUCGAACAGCCACGUCCGAGAAUGAGAACGAAGAAAAGGUGCCCGAUGUUCCCUCGUCUGAUGCAGAGCAGGGCGUCCUGCCUCGUCUAAUUGCGACUUUGGUCGGCCGUCGGCGCGAAGUGAAGAAGUUGAUGAAGGACAAGCGUGCCACUCCUGAGCAACUUGCUCUGUGGGAUACGAAGCAACUGGCCUUCAAGCUGACUGCUAACUCCAUGUAUGGAUGUUUGGGAUACACUCAGAGUCGCUUCUAUGCCCGACCCCUGGCCAUGCUCACCACUUUCAAGGGACGUGAGAUUUUGAGAAGCACCAAGGAUCUGGCAGAAAGCAAGCAGCUGAGAGUCAUCUACGGUGAUACUGAUUCCGUCAUGAUCAAUACCAACAUGGACACCAUCAGUGACGCUCUCAAGGUUGGUGAUGAGUUCAAAAAGUUGGUCAACGAACAGUACCGACUGCUGGAAAUUGACAUUGACAAUGUCUUCCGUCGACUGCUGUUACAUGCCAAGAAGAAGUACGCUGCCAUUAACCUGACCGAGGUGGAUGGCAAGUACGUUGAGAAACUGGAGGUUAAGGGUCUUGACAUGAAGCGACGUGAAUACUGUGCUCUUUCGAAGGAGGUGUCGUCAAGGCUUCUCAACGAGGUCUUGUCCGGCGAGGAUCAAGAAAUCGUCCUCAACAAGGUCCACGACUACCUGCGCGAGCUUGCGUGCAAGAUGAAGGAAUACGCGAUUCCUAUGCAGAAAUAUGUCAUCUACACGAAACUCUCCAAGCGGCCCGAAGAAUACCCUAACAAGGAGAGCAUGCCGCCGGCGCAGGUUGCGCUUCGUGACAUUGCCCGAGGCAAGAAUAUCCGGCCGAACGAUGUCAUUUCGUACAUCGUGACGACCGGUGACUCGGAAACCUCAUCUCUACCGCCGGCCAAGCGAUCCUACAGCCCACAAGACGUACUGAAGCAGGACUCCGGCCUCAAACCAGAUGUGGAGUUCUACCUGCUCAAACAGAUCUUCCCUCCCAUUGAGCGUCUCUGUGCUCCAAUUCCCGGCACUGACGCUGUCCGCCUGGCCGAGUGCUUGGGUCUCGAUGUUCGCAAGUACCAGAUCAACACAUCCACCACGAGCAACCAGCAAAACAGUGAGAUCUUCCCACUUGAGUCGCAGAUCCCGGACUCUGUCCGCUUCGCCAACUCUGCACGACUGACCUUGCGCUGCCGCUUCUGCAAGGAGCAAUCCGUGUUCGAGGGACUUGUGGAGUCGUCACAUAUGUGCUCGCCGCAAGGGAUCAUCUGUUCCAACGAGAGCUGCCAGAAACCAUUUGCGGUCCUGACCAUCAUCGCACAGCUCGAAAGCCAAAUCCGCGAACAAACCGCCCGGUACUACGAAGGCUGGCUGACUUGCGACGAUUCCGCAUGUGGCAACCGCACGCGGCAGAUCAGCGUGUACGGGCACCGGUGUCUCGGCCCCCGCGGGCGUGCCGAGGGUUGUCUCGGUCGGAUGUCGUACGAGUACUCUGAGAAGCAGAUGUACAGCCAGCUUCUGUACUUUGCCGGCCUCUGGGAUGUGGACAAGGCCAAGGCUGCGGCGGCGAAGGAAUCCGGCGAGAAGAAGGACAGCCUGGCUGCUCUGGUCGAGUUCAACCGCACGCGAUUCGGUACGAUCAAGACUGUCGCUGAUGGCUACUUGAAGAAAUGUGGCCGGCAAUGGGUGGAGAUGGACGGUCUGUUCCGCUUCAUGUUACAGUAA